CUACUUAUCUCCCGAUCAUUCCAUUCCUUCGGCCAGUUUGCGACUCGACUGUCAAACCCCCUGGUGCGCAUCAGAUUACGGCCCCCCUCCUCCUCGUCUCCUCCUUCAGAUCUCCGCUCGCUCUCCACACCGGCAUUCCACGCCAUGUUCCAUGCGCUCCGAAGAUACUGAGUGGAGAAUCACAAAUCACACCGACGAACCUCCCCGCAUUGUUCCCUCACGCAGCGGCGACUGCGUGCAACGGACGCAGUGAAUCCGCCCACUCCGUUCGACCCGAGUCCGAGAGAGACUGACCGACGAAGCGACUGGUCUCAUUCUUCCUUCUUCUUCGUCUUCUUCUUGCAGUCAAGCCAGCAUUGUUAACUAACCUUCGCACAUCUAAUCCACACUCAUCGCUCAUUAUAAUCACUUAUUCCUAAUAAUACUCGCCCCGUGCUCUGUCGCCCACCAUGUCGUCCAUGCGGGGUUUGGUCCAGUUCAUCGCCGACCUGCGAAACGCACGAGCGCGCGAGCUGGAAGAGAAGCGGGUAAACAAAGAGCUGGCCAACAUCCGCCAGAAGUUCAAGGGAGGCAGCUUGAAUGGGUACCAGAAGAAGAAAUACGUCUGCAAGCUGCUCUACGUCUACAUCCAGGGCUACGACGUCGACUUCGGCCACCUGGAGGCCGUCAACCUCAUCUCCUCCACCAAAUACUCCGAGAAGCAGAUUGGCUAUCUGGCUGUGACUCUGUUCCUGCACGAGCAGCAUGAACUCCUGCACCUGGUGGUCAACAGUAUUCGGAAGGAUCUGCUGGACCACAAUGAGCUGAACAACUGUCUGGCGCUCCAUGCGGUGGCCAACGUCGGUGGACGGGAGAUGGGCGAGGCGCUCUCGACGGAUGUGCACCGGUUACUGAUUUCGCCGACCUCCAAAGCCUUCGUGAAGAAGAAGGCCGCCCUUACCCUUCUCCGAUUGUAUCGCAAGUACCCGGGCAUUGUACAGGCCGAGUGGGCGGAACGUAUAAUCUCCAUCAUGGAUGAUCCCGACAUGGGUGUCACUUUGUCGGUGACAUCGCUGGUCAUGGCACUGGCUCAGGACAAGCCGGAGGAAUACGCAGGGUGUUAUGUCAAGGCUGCUUUCAGACUGAAAAGGAUUGUGGUCGACAAUGAUAUUGCGCCCGACUAUCUCUACUAUCGUGUGCCAUGUCCGUGGAUCCAAGUGAAGCUGCUGCGCUUGCUGCAGUACUACCCUCCCUCAGGCGACACCCAUGUCCGUGAGAUCAUUCGUGAAUCUCUGCAGCAGAUCAUGAAUUCCGCUAUGGAUGCGCCCAAGAACGUUCAGCAAAAUAACGCCCAGAAUGCGGUCCUCUUCGAAGCCAUCAACCUUCUUAUACACCUGGACACCGAACAUAGCCUGAUGCUACAGAUCUCUGCUCGGUUAGGGAAGUACAUCCAAUCUCGUGAGACAAACGUCCGCUAUCUGGGGUUGGAAGCAUUGACGCACUUCGCUGCUCGGGCGGAGACCCUCGAUCCCAUCAAGAAGCACCAGAGUAUCAUUCUUGGCUCCUUGCGAGAUCGCGACAUCAGUGUUCGGCGGAAGGGUCUGGAUCUAGUCUACAGUAUGUGCGACACGACCAAUGCUGGCCCAAUCGUGAACGAGCUGUUACGCUAUCUCCAGACGGCCGACUAUGCGAUCCGAGAGGAAAUGGUCUUGAAGGUAGCCAUUCUCACGGAGAAAUAUGCCACGGAUGCCCAGUGGUACAUCGACAUGACACUCAAGCUGCUGUCGUUGGCUGGUGACCACGUCAACGAGGAGGUAUGGCAGCGAGUGAUUCAGAUCGUGACCAACAACGAAGAACUGCAGGCUUAUGCGGCACACAACCUCCUUGGAUAUCUGAAGACCGACUGCCACGAGAGCUUGGUGAAGAUCGGCUGUUAUGUUUUGGGGGAAUUCGGCCACCUGAUUGCGGACAGUCAGGGUUCGAGCCCGAUCGAGCAGUUUUUGGCACUGCAGGCGAAGAUGAUCACCAGCACUGACAACACGCGGGCCAUGAUUCUGUCAUCAUUCAUCAAGUUUGUCAACCUCUUCCCCGAAAUCAAACCCCAACUCCUGCACAUUUUCCGCCUGUACAGCCAUUCUCCCGACUCGGAAUUACAGCAGCGUGCUUUUGAGUAUCUAUCGCUGGCGACGCUUCCCACGGACGAUCUGCUCCGGACGGUCUGCGAUGAGAUGCCCCCCUUCUCCGAACGCGCCUCGAUCCUGCUCUCCCGUCUCCACCAGAAAACCGCGGGCACGACGGAGAAGAAGACAUGGGUGGUGGGCGGCAAGGAUGCCAAUGCGGACCAGAAGGAGGUGCUGAUGGCGCAAAACACGGGACUGAAGCGCAGUUUCACCACGAUCGUCAACGGCACCAAGACGGGAACGAACGGAUCAGCUGCAGGGCCCAGUGCGUCUGGCGACUUAACCGGGCUGGAUCUCAGCGCCUCUGCUGCUCCUAACAUGGCCAGCGCGGCCCAUCUGACGCCCGACUGGGAUGUUGGCUACAACAAACUAUACUUCACCGACGAAGGCGUUCUCUUUGAGGAUGCGCAGAUCCAGGUCGGCCUGCGAUCGGAAUACCGGGGUCAUAUGGGAGUGGUGAAGAUCUACCUUUCCAACAAGUCCUCGUACCCGGUCGGGUCACUCACGACCACGCUGGACAACCGCGCUGCCCCGAAUCUGAAGCUUGACACGAAAAGUCUGCCCGAGCCGUCUGUGCCGGCGGCGGGGCAAACGCAGCAAACGCUGCUGGUGGAAUCGCACGGGCCAUUCACGGAUGCGCCCACGAUCCGCAUCUCGUACCUUGCUGGCGCACUCCAAGCUUACACGCUGCAGCUGCCGAUCCUGAUGCAUCGGUUUAUGGAGCCAUCGGCGCUGUCAGCCGAAGACUUUUUCAAACGGUGGCGGCAGAUUGGCGGAGGACCGCUGGAGGCGCAGAAUACCUUUGCAGUGACGGCGCGGGCCAAGGAUGUUAGCGAAGCGUUCACUCGGCGGGUGGUGGAAGGAUUUGGCUGGAAGAUCCUGGACAACGUCGAUCCAAACGGGAAGAACAUUGUGGGUUGCGCUGUUUAUCAAUUCGUCAACGGGAAGACGGGCUGUCUUCUGCGACUGGAGCCCAACUAUGAGCGGAAGAUGUACCGAGUCACUAUCCGAGCCACGCAAGAAGCCGUGCCGCAAGCACUGGCCAAGCAGAUGGAGCAACGGCUGUCACAAGGAGUAUUGUAGGGAGAGAGAGCAUCGGAAGACCGGGUUCGGUUCAUUACUCCUCCUCAUCAAAACUAAUUUACUUAUUCCCCUUUUACUUCUUAUCCGUUGUCUUUCCUCACUCCGGGAUGGUGGCGCGGGCAUAUCCAUGAUGGCCGCAGGCACUUAUGUAUUUUACUUGUUCCGACCUUUUGACCACCUACCGUAUAUACCUUUUUGCAUGUGGG